CAGUGCAGUUAGACUCGAGUCGCAGACGGGACCGACCCAGCGCUGCGUGGCCAGAAUAUUAAUUUCAUCAGUCAGGCGGACACGCUUUUAAACACUGACCGACCCACGGGGCACUAUAUCAAAGCGGGAAUCUCAGUGAGCCUUCAAACGCACUUUUAAUCUCACGAAUGACUUCUUUCUGAAUAAAGAAACCCGGGAAGACGAGUAGUUAGUUUUACAGUUUAACCAGCGGGAGGACUGGAAGACACGGGAAAACAAACAUCUUCAAAGAGAUUCGCUAAGCGCACCAACCGGACUGAGGCCACCUGUCUUUACAGUAUGCGAUUUUUGUCCAUUUAGAGAAAUGGCACGUCAGCUUUCCAAACCCGAAAGAAAGACCAUGGACACCUGCUUGCGACGUUUAAAACAGGAGCUGCUCUCAAUGAAGGAGUCUGGGGAUGGCCUGCAUGAUCAGAUGAACAGUAUGAUGGGAGCCCUGCAGGAGCUGAAGCUUCUCCAGCUGCAGAGUGCUCUGGAGCAGCUGCAGAUCUCCGAGAGCCAGGGCCAGCUUCCAGCCACGGAGGAAAUGAAAACCAGGCAGGAGGACUGGAGAGUCCUGAGGCCAAGCAGCUUUCAUACUCCCAGACCUGCUUCUAGUUCCCCAUCAGAGCCUGUGAGCCCCUCAAAGCACAUGCUGUGUGCAAGAGAUGAAGCCGGGGUGAUGCCUUCAAGCGAGGUCCCCAGCAGAAGCUCCCACCACGGCAGCCGUGUGUCCUCAGCGCCCAGUGAAAAUAAAUCUCCAAGUCCCAUUGGAUCAUCAGCUGUGGAUCUUCAAUCCAUCUUGCAGAAUCUUUCCAGAGAAGCCUCUGCGAUGGAUAAGGGAGCCCUAGAGAGCACGGAUGAUUCAAACGACUGGACCUCUUCUCUGAUGUGCCAGAGUCGCAACAGGCAGCCUCUCGUUUUGGGGGAUAAUAUUUUUGCUGACCUGGUUGGAAACUGGUUGGAUUUGCCAGAGCCAGAGAAAAAGGCAUUGGAGGGAGAAAGAAACGAUCAUCCUGUGAGUGUGAGCAAAUCUCAAGAGAUCAUCAAGAAGUUCUCAUGGACUGCUACUAUUUUUAAGAAGCUCCUCAGGAGUGUGCGCCCAGAUAAGGAGAGGUUGCUCAAGGAAAAGCCUGGCUGGAUGUCGCUGGAGGAACAGGGGGCAGAGAUCUCUAAAAGACCUAAAAAGACGGUGAAACAGAAGGGCAUUUUUUACCUCCCUCUCCGGGGACAUCCGCAGAGCGCUCAGAUCAAAAGCAGAAAAGUCCCACAGGCUUCAGAAGAGAAGACACCUGGCUCUUACAUCACAAGAGGACCUGAUGCAGUGGAGAAAGUGCAGCCUGGGUUUGAUUACCACACAGCUGUUUGGGUCUAAUGAAACUGCAACCUCCAGAUCUGGCAAAAAGGGAUUACUGAUUCGAUACUCCAGUCUUCCAAAUGUAUAUACUGUCAAAUACAACACUGUCACAAGAGACUACAGCACCUGUGCUUAGUCCUGGGAGCCUGGUCAAUGUUUCACACAGUGUGGGCAAUAAUAUAGUUCAGCGUGCUGGGAGAUGCAUUGCAAUGCUUACUAAUCCUUUGUGAAUUUAGUGAUCACCCCUCUCCCUGGAAAGUGCCCAUGAAUUAAGCAAAAGCAACAACGAGAUACUCGGAAGGACUUUUGUCUCAACGACCAGCACAGAAAGCCAUUCCCUCACAAUACUGCCCUCAGUAAGCUAUUGAAACCGAGUAGUUAAAGGACAUGAGGAAACACUGGCCAGUGUCAUGGCAGCUGAGUCAAUAAGGGCCUUUCCGAUGAUACUGUUUACCUUUUACAUGCUCCUUAUAUCAGUAUAAAGGGUUUUACCUUUAAGUAGUGCAGUAAAUCAACUGUCCUGCAGUCUAUUAGCUGUCCGCUGUCCGCUGUCCUGCAUGCUGUUAAUAAUGCAUUAUUCACUGGAAGUUUUUCCAAAUCAAGGUAUCCAGACUUGAAUGACAGCUCUGUUAAACUCGGGGCCCCGGUGAGAUGCAGGAAAUGGAACGGCUUGUUUGGUGUUGUCUUCUUUUCGUUCUUUGCUUCUUAAGGAGAGUUGUGGCACUACAGGAGUCCACCUGUGGUCCAGUUACAUGCUAACGGAAGGGAAGGUGAACGGAGUAAAUGUGUUCAGUGAGACACGGCAGAGACUCUGGGCUUGAGUCACUCGAGGGGUUCUGGUGUGUUACAGGCUGUUUGGAAAUCAAGACUACAGCAGAACCGGUCACAGCCCACUGAACUGGUGCCAGGACUCCAGCCCUAUUUACAACAGCUAGGAUCUAUAGCAGUCUUCUCUAAUGCUGAUUCAAUACACGUGUUUCUUCUUGUCAUCCUUUUCUUUAAUAAAGAAUCACAGCCACAGCUUUUACAAGACUUGUUGCUUGUACUACAGCCCUCAGAACCCCAGCUUCAUCGUUACAUUUAAAUAACAGAACGAGCGAGCAGGGCCCCCUUCUGCCUUUCACCUUCGCACUCUGACCUUUCACUGUUCCGACCGCUUUGGUAAGGUUCUGGAAUGACGUUCAGUCACUUCCUCUCAGGCCGAUGUAACCUUGCUGGGUAAUAUUAAUCAUAAACCUUUUCAAUGUGUUUCCCCAGACUGUUCAACAAUGUCAAAUGCUACCUUCUGCUCAAACACAGCAUAACAAACGCAUUUAAAACUGUUUUGUAAUUCAGGUUUGAUUACCUACAAAUGUAAGCACAUGAACUGUUUGUGGUACGUUUCUCUGUACUUUGUACUGUAAAUAAAAUCCGUU